AUGAGUUUUUUCCUUUAUUCUGUUGAUUCAGUUAAUACUGAUUUAUGUAUAUUGAAACAUCCUUACAUCCUUGCAAUAAAUCUAUUUUAGAAAUGAUGAAUUACAUUUUUGAUAGGCCUUUAGAUUUGAUUUUUUAGUAUUUUGUUGAGACAAGGACAGAACAUACAAAAACUAUAAGCCAAUAUUUCUGAUAAACAUAGAUAUUGGCCUAUAGUUCUUUUUUUUGUUGGUUGUGUUCUUGUCUCCUAUUGAUAUCAGAAGGAUGCUGGUCUGGUAGAACGAGUUUGGAAGAUUUCCCUUUGUUUUAAUUCUUUGGAAUAGUUUGAGAAGAAUGGACACUCAUUCUUAAAAUUUGUUUAACCAGGUAUGGUGGCACAUGUCUGUAAUCCUAGUUUCUUGGGAGGCUAGAGCAGAAGGAUUACAAAUUCAAGGCCAGCCUGUUAGUGAGAUUUUAUCUCAACAGAGGCAGAAAAGGCAUCAGAUAAAAUUAAACAUCUCUUCAUGAUAACAUCCCUGAAUAAAUUAAGUAUAGAAAGAAUAUAUAACAACACAAGGAAGGCUAUAUGUGACAAAAUCAUAGACAGGUACAGAGUGAAUGGGAAAAGCUGCAAGCCUUUCCUUUAAUAUCUGGAAAAAUACAAGGAUAUCCACUCUCACUACUCAACAGAGUACUGGAAGAUUUAGCCAGAGCAAUUUGACUACAGAAAGAAUUAAAGGAAUUUGAUUAGGAGGGCAAGAGGUUAAAUUAUAUGUUUGUAGAUGAUAUGAUUCUAGGUAUAGAAAAACCUAAAGACUCCACUGAAAGACUAUAAGAAGUGAAACAAUUUCAGUAAAAGAUACAAAAUCAAUAUGCAAAAAUCAGUAGUAUUUUUAUAUACUGGUAACAAAUUUGCUGAUGAGAAAUCAUGAAAACAUUUAUCCCAUUUAUGUCAGCAACGAAAAUACAAAAACAAAAAUUAAGAAUCUAGGAAUCACUAUAUCUAAGGAAGCAAAAGUCUUUUACAAUGAAAAUUACAAAAUACUGACAAAAGAAAGUGAAGAUACAAAAAAAAAAAAAAGUAGAAAGUCCUCCCAUGCUCAUGGACUAAAGGAAUUAAUAUUGUUAAAAUGUCCAUACUACACUAAGUGAUUCAAGAUUUGAUGCAAUCUCCAUCAGAAGACCAAUGGCAUUCUUCACAGAACUAGAAAAUACAAUCCUAAAAUUCACAUGGAAGCACAAAUAGCUAAAGCAAUCUUAAACAAAAAGAACAAAGCUGGAGGCAUUGCAGUAUCUGAUUUUAUGACAUACUACAAAACCACAGUAACCAAAACAGCACAGUGCUUGCAUGAAAACAGACACAUAGACCAACUGAAUAGAAUAGAUAUCCCGGAAAUAAACACUUACACCUAUGGAGAUCUGAUUCUUGAUAACAGGGCCAAAAACACACAUUGAAAAAAAGCCAGUCUCUUCAAUAAAUGGUACUGGGGAAACAGCACAUGUAGAAGAUUGAAACUUGACACUUCUCUUACCCAUAUAAAUAUUAAAUCAAGAUGGACUGUUAAGCACCUCUUCUAAAAAAUGCACAUUAAAAAUUAAAACAUUAGUCAAAAUUAUAUUAUGCAAUGAGUGAUUCCUUUGGAAGACAGAUUUGAAAAUGGAUUAUUCUUGCAAGAACUCUUAACCCCUGUCCCCCUAAAAUAUCUUUGAACUUCAAUUUUGAGAAGACUCUCUUUAAUGCUUGUCUUCAUGAAACCCCCUUUUAAAACAGCAAUGCCUCUAACCAUUCCACAGCUUUCAUUAGGUAUGAUCUUAAUAAUUGUACAGUGCACAUUUGACCAAUGCUAAUUGGGCCCUGUUGAAAUUGUAACUGAGCUAAUACAGCUGAGUAGGUUAUGCAUGCAAGCAUAUGAAUUGUUGGAAAAAACAAACAAACCUAUUUGCACAUAAAAGUUCCCUGGACAUCUAUCAGAGUUGUUUAAUGAGCAUAUGACCAGAAACUCUGUUGAAUAUUUUUAAAGUUAAAAUAAAGUUCUAAAAAGUCAACUCUUACCAAAUGCAGCAAAUAUAGAUUACAGUAAGAAAAAAACACAUUUUUUUGUGUGUGCUAAAACACGUUACCAAAAUUUUUUUUUUAGAUUGUGGGAUUCAAUUUCUUCUUCAUUUCUUUUUUGUUUGUUCAUUCUCCACCCCUACCUCCCACCUCUCUCUCUCUCUCUUCUCCAAUCUAUAAAAAUACAGAAUAUAAUCUCACAUUACAAUAUUCAUAUUACAAUAUUGUUUACAAUCAAGAUGUCUCCCAGAGGAGAAGGCAAGUACCAUGAAGAAUGUCUGUUACAAAGUUAAGAUUUGACUGUACAAACCUAUUGUGUGUGUGUUUUAACUAGGAUUCAUAGUAAGAUCCAGUUUUUUUUUCUCCUGUCAACAAUUUAUCCAUUAAUGCAUCAUAUCUUUUAUGGGUUGAUAUACCAGACUCUAUACUAUUUUAUCUAACUUAUCUUGUUUAGGCUAGAAGAUAGUGUGGCAAAUAUGCAUGCUGGAAAACUUUGGGUUCUAAGAAGAUACUACUUUAUUUUUGGUGAUGGAAUUCAAUGUAAGUCAUUUCUUGCUCUAUAUAAAGGAAAGGCUGCAAAUGGAGAAUGACUUUAGUACACCAAAUGGUUUGAAGGAAUCUGGCUGCUGCUGAGCCAAGUUUCCACAGCACCCCAACCAGGAUGGUGGGAAGAGGUUGUUCAGAUGUGUGGUCGCCAAUUAGUCCGAGAAGUGAUCAACAUUUGUGGCCAUGCGACCUGGAACAGGCCAGUGAGAUAUCCCCAUCGGAGAUCUGCAGAUAUCAUGCCGUCCUCCCUCAAUGAAGAUGCAGGUGCCUUCAAUAUGAUGUUGGGAUUCAGUCCUAAUUUGCCACAACAGCUGAGGGCAACACCAUCUGAGAGGCCGCCAUUGUCACUAGAGCUACAACGACAAGAACCUGCAAUAGAGGAUUCAAAGCCUAGUCCUGAAGAGUUGAAGGAUAUUAUUCACAAUAGACAAGGGGAAGCAGAAAAUAGCCUUUCAAAAUUAGAAUACUUAAGCUUGAAUACUCAUUCCCGAAAAAAGCGACAGAUCAAUGAAGAUUCGCUGACUGAGAAAUGUUGCCAACGUAAAUGUACCAGAAGAUUUAUGCUUAAAUUUUGCUAAGAUGAAGCUAAUUGUGCACAUCUUACCUGAUGCUCACAUGUAUUCUUGAUGAAAUUUUUACUGAUAUCUCUUUCUGGCUGCAUGAUUAUUAGAAUAUGAGAAAUUACUAUAUUAUUUGAUUUUUUUCAUUUGAUGUGAAAGGAAAUGUACUUUCUGUUUUGUAGUUUCUGUGAAUAAAACUUCUUGUGCUGAAA